GCCAGACGUGUAUUGUGUAUAAUCUUUUUGAUAAUGAGCUCGCACUGACCACCCGGCUUUUAUCUGUGUUAGCACUUUGUUUUCGUUUAGUAAUUACUCGGCCACGGUAGCGAGAGUAUUGUUUCUGCGUACACCGUAGAAACCUUUUGGUAUUAACAAAGAAUACUUUCUUUUUUUAAAUACCGAAUUGAAGGUUUUUCCUUUUAACAAACAUGUGAUUAUAAAUUUAAUAUUAGCGUACGCAAUACAUUAUAGUAAACGAAAAACGAGUUUUUAGUGACCAGAGAUGUAUUCGUUGUUUUUUAUCUUCAUAUUAUAUCAUGUAACCGUAUUGCCAUUUUUAACACAAGCCGACGAGAAAUAUAAAAUUUGCGUAGUAUCGAAUUACAACGGAAAUGAUAAAACUAAAACACAUUGUCCCGCUUUAUCCCGACAAAUAAACAGUGAGGUCGAAUGCGAGUUCGCAAACGAUAGAACGCAUUGCAUAAGGAAAAUGCUCGCUGGGGACGCGGAUUUUGGAGUUUUUCAACCUGAAGAAAUAUCGUAUGCGUCCCAAUGGAACGAUUUCCUAAGCGUCACAAACGAAAUACGUUUAUCUGAAAAUGAGGAUUUCGACUACAGCAUGGUCGUGUUAGUUAAUGAAGAAUCUAACAUUAGGAGCUUAAAUGAUUUACGUGGUAAACGUUUAUGCCAUCCUGGAUUUGCUGAAGGUGUAGCUGGAAAUGGACGGUCCAAUUCAAUUUUGCAGUACUUUGAGAAGACCAUCGUACCCCAAAAAUGUAAUAGCGAGAUGAGUAUUAUAGAAAAUCAAGUACAAUCCCUUUCGGAGUUCUUCGGUGAAUCGUGCAAAGCUGGUCAAUGGGAUCCGAAUCCCGAUGUAGACUAUACACUAAAAACCAAAUAUCCAAAGUUAUGUGCUCUAUGCAAGAAUCCAUUGGCGUGCAGUUCCAACGAUCGGUUUUGGGGCAGACAAGGAGCUUUAUUGUGUUUAAGUGAUUGUUUUGGAGAUAUCAGUUGGGCUAGAUUAUCCGAUGUCAGAUUACAUUUUAACGGAGAUGGCAUUAACACGUGUAGCCAGAUUAGCUUUUUAUGUCCAGAUGGAUCGCUGCAACCUUUGAACGCCACUAAUCCGUGCACUUGGAUAUCGCGACCGUGGCCCGCCAUAGUUGCAAGAAAGUCGGCGGCUACGAGUAUUCAGAAAAUGAUUAACUACUCCAAUAACGCCAAAGAAUUGAAAAAUACCUCGUCCUGGCAAUGGUCUCUGAACAAUCUACUGAUACAUUAUUUUGAACCAAUUACGUCGAAUGUAAUCAAGAGCCCUAAGGAAUAUCUUUCGGAAUUUCCAGGUUAUUUUAAUUCCGAAAGUGAAAAUAAUAAAUGCACAAGCCGUACGUUUUCGAUGUGCACCGAGAAUAGCGAUGCUUUCAAAAAAUGUCAAACCCUUUCUGAUAUAGCCGUGACUUACGGAAUAGAACCAAAUAUGAACUGUAGACAGGCCUCAGAAUGCGGACAAGAAUUAGAAAAUGGAGAGUCAGACGUCAUGAUACUGGACGCAGACAGGAUGGCUUCCUAUAAACGAAUGUACCAUACAAAAAAAACAGUACUUUACGCUACAUCGUUAUAUCAUCGCAUGUAUCGUAAGGUCAGUGCAGUAAUGCUUAAGAAAAAAGCUGUAAAAAGUCUUGAACAGCUCAGAGGGAAAAUUGGAUGCUUUCCUUUGUUUGACGGAUUUGUUUGGAAUUCGUUUCUGAUAACAUCAAAACUAGAAAAAUUAGAUUUAUCCCCAAAUAAUAGUACUAUUAAACAUUUCUUUAGUAAUAGCUGCGCGAUAAUAAGUUCAGAUCAAAAUGCAGUUCCUUCGUGCCAAUACGAUGAUAUUUUUCCCGAGGAAAGUAACAAAAAAGGAUUACUAUGGGAAACGUUAGCACUCAGAUGCAUAAUUGAAGGCGGAGGAGAUGUAGCAUUCGUAAAUACUCAUCAUAUCGAUAACUAUUUAGGCAUAUUAAAGACACCGAUGAAUUUGCAAGAUAAUUUCAGUGCUUUGAACUUUACAACUGUGUGUGGUUCAAAUUAUAGUCGUUCUCCGGUGGACUGUCCAUUAUCAUGGUCACACUUUGGCCAAAUCAUUGUGAACCCGAAUUUGUCACCUUUGGUCGAAUACGAAAUUAUAUCAGUUUUAUUAACAAUGGAUGCGACUUUUGGACGAAAAAGCGAAUUCGCUGAUACAUUACCACCAGUAUUCUUGAUGUAUGGACCGCAUGACAAUGUAGCUGAUCCAUUAUUCCCGGUCGAUACAGAGAAGUUAGAGACUGUUAGUCAAUUAAGUGAACAUCAAGUACCAAUUAUACCAGAAUACGAAACCCAUCUACUUCUUUUGAAUCAAUACAAUGAUGUUCCCAAAUCCUCCUCGAAUUUAAUGAUAUCACAAUAUCCUUUACUAUCGCUAUUAAAUUAUUUGUCUAUAUUUAUUUUUAUUUUACACUGAUAACUAUGUAUAUUUAUUCAAUACCUGCUGUGAUUUACGAGUAUUUUACAAAACUGUGUAGUAUGUAUAAUAUAUUUUUAUUGUAUACAAAUUUUAAUUUACCAUUAUAAACUUAUAAAAAA